AUGCUAACUACAGCGAAUUCUCCAGGAUCUGGCAAGACGACCUUUAUGCAGCGUAUAAACUCCUAUCUCCACUCUAAACACAAGACCCCCUACGUCCUCAACCUCGACCCAGCCGUACACUCCGUCCCCUUCGAAAGCAACAUUGACAUCCGGGACUCAAUAAACUAUAAAGAAGUCAUGAAGCAGUACAAUCUAGGCCCCAACGGCGGCAUCCUCACUUCGCUCAACCUCUUCGCCACCAAAAUCGACCAGGUAAUAUCGAUACUAGAGAAACGCACGCUUCCGCCUUCGGAUUCUGAACAGCCGAGCCAGACACCGCCACAGAGACUCAUUGAACAUAUUCUCGUCGACACGCCGGGACAAAUAGAGGUAUUUGUGUGGAGCGCGUCGGGGAGUAUUUUACUGGAAACGCUGGCUUCUUCGUUCCCGACUGUUAUUGCAUAUGUGAUCGAUACCCCACGGACGAGUGCGACAAGUACCUUCAUGAGCAAUAUGCUAUACGCAUGCAGUAUUCUGUACAAGACGAAAUUACCUAUGGUUUUGGUAUUCAAUAAGACGGAUGUGAAAGAUGCGGAGUUUGCGAAGGAGUGGAUGACGGAUUUCGAAGCAUUUCAGGCUGCGCUACGUCAGGAAGAGGAGGCUGGCGCGUUUGGCGGUGUGGAAGGAGGUGGGGUAGUAGGAAUGGGAGGGGGAAGUGGCUAUAUGGGCUCUUUUUUGAAUAGUAUGAGUCUAAUGCUGGAGGAAUUUUAUCGGCAUUUGAGUCUGGUCGGGGUCAGUUCUAUGACAGGAGAUGGGAUCGACGAGUUCUUCGAGGCGGUGGAGGAAAAGCGGAAGGAAUUUGAGAGGGAUUAUAAGCCUGAGUUGGAGAAGAAAAUGAAAGAGAGGCAGGAGGCGAAGGAGGCGAGGAGGGAGGUUGAACUGGGGAAGUUGCUUAAGGAUAUGAAUGUCUCUGGUUCUAGUCGCCCUGAUGGUGCGGGCGGGUCAAUGAAAAACGAGGAGCCGGAUACUGUUUCUGAAGCGGAAGAAGAAGAGGAUCCGGAUGAAUAUGAAGACGUGAAGCCUGGUAACGGUGACAUGGGUCUCGGAGAUGAUGGUGGCCUUGAGGAGAGAUAUAAGCAUGCGCUGGAAGAGUCUGCACCAAGGCCCUCAAACCAGGAGCAAGAUGUUGCAAGAUAUCUACGGUCAAGCAAUAUUGGGUAA